AUGCAUGUUGUCAGAAAAGACGGUGUGGGUAUGAUUUCAGAUCGGCAUGAGGCAAUUCGGGCAGCAGUAAAUCGUUCCGGAGGUGACUGGCAACCUCCAAGAGCAUGGUGGAUGUUUUGUAUAAGGCACAUCGGCAGCAACUUCCUAAGAGCAUUCAAAGUCCCUCACUUGCAGAAGCUUGUUGUCAACAUUGGGUAUUCAAGAACGGUGGAGGAGUACAACAUCAACUAUAAGAGGCUGGAAGAGCGAGGCGAGGCAUAUGCCAGGUGGUGCGAUGCCAUUGGACUCAGACAUUGGGUGUUGGCAUUCGACGAGGGGCAUCGAUGGGGCCAUAUGACGACCAACCUUGUCGAGUGCAUUAACUCAGUGUUGAAGGGUGCCUGUAAUCUACCUGUGCUGGCGUUGGUCCGAGCAACAUAUUAUCGGUUAAAUGAACUUUUUACACGGAAGAGUGCCGAGGCUCACGAACGCAGGCGGGCUGGGUUUACUUACUCCGUAUUUGCACAACAGUGGAUAGAGGCAAAUAUGAAACAGGCUGGGAAUAUAGUAGUGCACCGGUUUGAUAGACGAAAUGAGGUGUUUGAGGUGCGCGACAUGGCUAGCGGGAAGGUGUCAGUUGUUGACCUUGCGCGACGGACUUGUGACUGCGGACACUUUCAGGUGAAACGACUACCUUGUCGCCAUGUUAUUGCUUGUUGUGCUAACCAGCGUCUCGAUUGGCAGCUGUAUGUGCAUGACGUGUACAAGAUGACAGAGAUUUGUAAGGUAUAUAAAUUUGAGUUUACACCGUUAGGUGAUCCCGAGACAUGGCCCGCAUAUGAGGGACCCACAUUGGUCGCUAAUCCCGCCUUGAGACGAACGUCGAAAGGUCGCCCCAAAUUGACCCGGUACUUGAACGAGAUGGAUUCACGCGACAUGCGUGGUCCUCGGGUAUGCCGUCUCUGUGGUGCUCAGGGUCAUAGUCGGAGUCGAUGUCCUCAGCGUGCUGGACCGAGUGGUGGGGGUGAAUGA